GCCGAGCCCAAAGCCCUGGGUGGGAGCCUGGCAGGGACGCGCGCACCAUGCCCUACCUGCUCAUCAGCACCCAGAUCCGCAUGGAGGUGGGCCCUACCAUGGUGGGCGAUGAGCACUCAGAUCCAGAGCUGAUGAGGUAUCUGGGGGCCUCAAAGAGAAGCGUCUUGGGAAACAACUUUUGUGAGUACUUUGUUAAUGACCCUCCUCGCAUAGUCCUGGACAAACUGGAACGCAAGGGCUUCCGUGUGCUGAGCAUGACAGGGGGCCAGACGCUGGUGUGGUGCCUGCACAAGGAGUGACACUCUCACACUGAGGAGCAGACGGCACACCCUCUUUUGAGCGGUUGCCAUGGCCCCCGAUCCUGAGUACCCGUUCACUCACUGCCCGGCCCCUCUCUUCCCAAAUUGUUAUUUUCCUUAGCCCAGCACCACUGGGCAAUGAAUGGCCUUUUCUGAAACUUGCCUCAGCCAGUGGGAGAGGGCAGGGCCCCUGCCCUGGUGCUCCCAGCAGCCCCUCCAGCUUCUGGGCCUGAGAGCCCUGGAGGAGGCCAUGUUCUGUGGGAGCCACGAGAGCCAGGUUGUCCCCGGCCAGAAACUGGGAGCCCGUGAGGAGCAUGGCCCCAGGACUGGGCGGGAGGGUCCUGCGUAGCUAGUCCAAGCCAAUAAAGGACUGUGAUGAGUGGUUGC